UCCGGAUGGUGACAUCCGAAGAAGUCAUGGCGGCCGCGGACAUCGGCUUUCUCGGGCUUCAGGCCUGGCUCACGGAGCAGGCCGAGCGGCUGGGGAUCCGCCAGGCCACCCCGGUCCAGCGGAGCUGCAUCCCGGCCAUUCUCCGGGGACAAGACUGUAUGGGCUGUGCCAAAACCGGCAGUGGCAAAACGGCAGCAUUUGUUCUCCCCAUUCUUCAAAAACUCUCGGAGGAUCCGUAUGGAAUAUUCUGCUUGGUGCUGGCUCCAACCAGAGAGUUGGCCUACCAGAUUGCUGAACAGUUCCGAGUCCUGGGGAAACCUCUGGGUUUGAGGGAUUGCGUUGUUGUUGGUGGAAUGGAUAUGGUCACACAGGCUCUAGAACUUUCCAGGAAACCUCACAUUGUCAUAGCAACUCCAGGGCGCUUAGCUGACCACAUACGGAGUAGCAAUACCUUCAGCCUGAAGAAAAUAAAGUUUCUGGUAUUGGAUGAAGCUGAUAGGCUGUUGGAACAAGGCUGUACGGAUUUCACGCAGGACCUGGAGCAGAUUCUCGGCGCUGUCCCCACCCAAAGACAAACACUGUUGUUCAGUGCCACCCUCACGGACACAUUACAGGAGCUGAAGAAGAUCGCCAUGAACAAGCCUUUCUUCUGGGAAUCUAAGACUGAAGUUCGCACAGUGACUGAGCUGGAUCAACGAUACCUCCUGGUUCCUGAACGAGUGAAAGAAGCUUUCCUCGUGCACAUAAUCCAAAAGAUUCAGGAUGAACAUGAGGAUUGGUCCAUUAUCAUUUUCACAAACACAUGCAAAAUGUGCCAGGUCCUGAACAUGAUGCUGCGGAGGUUCAGCUUCCCGUGUGGGGCCCUUCAUUCCAUGAUGAAGCAAAAGCAGAGGUUUUCCACACUGUCCAAGUUUAAGUCGAGCAUUUUCAAGAUACUCGUGGCCACAGACGUCGCUUCUCGUGGUCUUGAUAUUCCCACAGUCCAUGUCGUCAUCAAUCAUAACACACCCGGAUUGCCAAAAAUCUACAUCCAUCGGGUUGGGCGCACAGCAAGAGCAGGUCGACAUGGCAUCUCCAUCACUCUUGUUACUCAGUAUGACAUUCACCUGGUUCAUGCAAUUGAAGAAGAAACAAAGACUAAACUGAAGGAGUUUCCUGUGGAUGAGGAGAAUGUGCUGAAGAUUCUCACACAUGUGAAUGUGACUCGGCGAGAGUGUGAGAUUGAAUUGGAGUCAACUGACUUUGAUGAGAAGAAGGAAAUCAACAAAAGGAAGCAGAUGAUUCUAGAAGGAAAGGACCCAGAUAUGGAGUUACAGAGAAGUAAGGAGCUGGCAAAAAUAAAGGAGGGGAAACGGAAAUUUCAGCAGAGAAUGCGAGAGACUCUGGAGAGAGAAGCAGCAACUCGGCUCAAACACAAAUUGCUGAAGAAAAGAAAUCAACAGAAGGAAGCAGGGAAAGUGAAGGGAGAGGCUGGAAUAUGAUCACUGGACAAAGGCUCGUGAUACUGGGCACUUUCCAGGUUGAAACCUAACAGAAGUGGGAUUUUGUAACAUUGAUUUGCUGCAGUGCAGACAAUGCAGGAACUGAAACAUGUUCUAAUUUCAAUAGAGUGUUAAAUAUCAGUUCUACAGACAUCAUUGUUUCCUUUAAGGUUGCUGCUCCUUCCAUGUGUGGUGGUAGGUGAGCAUUUUGCCCUCAUUUGCAUAAAAAUCAAUACAUAAUUGCUCAGAUGUAUUUGAGCUGAGAAUUCCUGCUUUGAGUGCUACAGAACAUAACAGUUCCAAGAAAUCUCCUACUGCCUGUGUUGAGCAGUUUGGGUUAAUAUGCUCCUUGGCGUUUAGAAAAAUGUGAGCUUAAUGAAUGAAAUAGAAGGCUCUGAGGUAUAUUUCCCCUUGUGGGGAAAUCUAGAACUAGGGAGCAGACUUUCAUAAGGUUUCUCCCAUUUAAGACAGAUGAGGAAUUUCAUUAAUUGUAAGUUAGUAAUUGUAGGUAUUUACCGAGAUAAAUGUUUAUCUACUAGGAUGAGAGGUUCUAGUUUUCUUGUAAAUUCAGUGCUGUUCAGUUAUUAGUUGAGGAACUCGUUUACUCCAUUUUAUGAAACUGAUCAUUAUAAAUGAUACUGUGUAACAUUGCAAACAAAUUCUGGCACAGACUACAAGCAAAUCUUAAAAGGCAUUUUACUCCAGUUUUUAUCAAAUAUGUCCUAAUGAAGGAAAUGUCAAACAUUUAAACUAAAUAGAGGAACAAUACGAAAUAAAAACUGAUGCCAGUG